AUUCACCCAGUCAUCUCAGCACACGACACAAACAUCCCCACCAGUCCACCUUAUUAUAUUGUACAUCAUGAAAUCCCCCAUCUACGCCGUCUUUCUUCUUCCGCUGGCCCUAAACGCCGCCGUGACCGCCAACCCAGUGGAAGCCCGCGGCAACGACGGAGGCAGGAAAGACUACCAAAGCGAGAACCUGAACCCCUGCCAGGUCCGGGUGUCCUAUCCCUACUACAAGUUCCCCUGCGCGUCGAGCCCAGAGAACGGCACCUCGAUUCUGGGGGCGACGUUUACUUCGUUCUGUUUCUAUGAGAAUGGCGAGGAGUACGGCGAGGAGUCCGGCAAGUGGUUUAAGACGCCCCGCGGCUGGGUCAAGGAUGAGGAUAAGCCGAAGCGGUGUGGUAUGUUCUUCAUCCUGAUCUUGAGUGGUGUAUGGAUGAAAGAGGGGAGGAGUGAAAUGGACUGGGCUGAUAGUUGCUGUGUUUAG